AUGAGGGAGCCGUGGUGGACGCUGCUGCUGCUGGCGUACCAGAGCCUCGGCGUGGUGUACGGCGACCUCAGCAUCUCGCCGCUGUAUGUGUACAAGAGCACCUUCGCCGAGGACAUCACGCACUCGGAGGGCAACGAGGAGAUCUACGGCGCCCUCUCCUUCGUCUUCUGGACGCUCACCCUCAUCCCGCUCCUCAAGUACGUCACCACCGUCCUGCGCGCCGACGACAACGGCGAAGGAGGCACGUUCGCGCUCUACUCCCUCAUCUGCCGCCACGCCAAUGUCAGCCUCCUCCCCAACCGACAGGUCGCCGACGAGGAGCUCUCCACCUACAGGCUGGAGCGCCCGCCCGAGGCCGCCGGGAGGUCCGGCAUCAAGGCUUGGCUUGAGAAGCACAAGAAUCUGCACACCGCGCUGCUCGUCAUGGUCAUGAUCGGCACCUGCAUGGUCAUCGGCGACGGCGUCCUCACGCCCGCCAUCUCUGAGAGUGUAAGAUGGCCAAUUCUAGUGCUGGCAAUCUUGGCGUCGGUGGUCGGCAGCCAGGCCAUCAUCAGCGGCACGUUCUCCAUCAUCAGCCACAGCCAGUCUCUGAGCUGCUUCCCCAGGGUGAAAGUCGUGCACACGUCUGACAAAGUUCAUGGCCAGAUAUACAUCCCUGAGGUCAACUGGAUCCUCAUGGUCCUCUGCAUUGCUGUCACUGUUGGUUUCCGCUUGGCCGUGAUCACGGUGAUGCUGGUGACGACGUGCCUCAUGUCCCUGGUGAUCAUGCUGUGCUGGGACUGGUCUCCAUGGCUGGCCCUCGCCUUCUUCCUCUUCUUUGGCUCCAUCGAGGCGCUCUACUUCUCGGCGUCGCUGAUCAAGUUCCUGGAAGGCGCGUGGCUGCCGAUCCUCCUGGCGCACAUCCUGCUCGCUGUCAUGUUCGUGUGGCACCACACGACGAUCAAAAAGUACGAGUACGACAUGCACAACAAGGUGACCCUGGAGUGGCUGCUGGCGCUGGGCGACAAGCUGAGCAUGGUGCGCGUCCCGGGCAUCGGCCUCGUCUACACCGACCUCACCUCCGGCGUGCCAGCCAACUUCUCCCGCUUCGUGACCAACCUGCUGGCGUUCCAUCGGGUGCUGGUCUUCAUCUGCGUUAAGUCCGUGACGGUGCCGCACGUGCUCCCCGCCGAGCGCUACCUCGUCGGCCGCGUCGGCCCGCCGGGCCACCGCUCCUACCGCUGCAUCGUGCGCUACGGCUACCGCGACGUGCACCAGGACGUGGACUCCUUCGAGACGGAGCUCGUCGAGAGCCUCGGCACGUUCAUCAAGCUGGAUGCGCUGUUCCGCUUCAGCGACGCCGGCGGCGGCGAGCAGUGGGACAGCAGCUACUACGAGCGCGAGAACGAGCUGACACUCAUCGGCAGCAACCCGCUGCGGCGCCACAUGAGCCUGGGCUACGACGAAUCCCACUCCCACAUCCACCGCCGAGGGUAA